GGCGCGGGGGGGGGCGUUGUUUGUUUGGCCUUGCACGGAGAUCAGUGUUUCGUGUGCCUCCAGUCCCUUCCCCUCUCGCAUCACAGGAAAAUAAUAAUAAUAAUUAGUGGCUGGAUGGGAGAGGGAGAAGAUUAGAGGAUUUCCUGAUUGAAUACGCAGAUUGCUGCUUUCCUACACAGGGGACUCAAAAUUACGUAGGUAACAGUGUUUUUAUGGGACGGAUGCAGCUUCUGAGUGAUCCUCUCGAUGACCUGGUUUUCUGGGGGGUUGGGGGGGGCGCCCAUCCGCUUCGCCCUUCUCUCCCCUACAUGUUGUCCACAGAUGAGGAGGGGAAACAAGCGGGCAGAAACGGGGGAGCGCCCGAUCUUGCGGAGAGAGUUUUAGGCAGCCGGGUCCGGGAGCGUGGCAGCCCUGGGAUUUUCUCCGGAGCCCUAGGACGGUGGGGUCGUCCACACUCGUCGCCCGGGGUUCUUUGUUCCAUUCAAGUUUAGAUCUGAUCCUCGCAAUGUUGCUCUGUGCCUUCAAGUCGAUACCGACUUACAGCGACCCUAACAGGGCUUUGCUGCACAUGCCACCAUUCUACAGGCAGAGUUGUAUUCAUAUCUCACACAAGAAAAGGAGAUGGAGAAUAUUCUACAUGCUGGGAUGUGGGGGAGAUCUGAUUGCAGUACUUGUGACCCCACUGAUCACCGAAGUUGAUUCUACAAGCUGGGUGAAAAACUCUAAUAUCAAAGAUGAGAUGCAAAACUAUGCAAAAGGAGAAGUCAGUGAGACUGAAAAGAUUAAUUGAUAUGUCUGUUUCCCUUAAACCACUUAUUGUAUUGGAUGCCUUGGGAACAUGGCUUUGAGAAGCAUGAACACAAAGAGGCAUACUGGACUGCAGCAGCUUUCAGCUUUGGCAUCCACUGGAAGGACCCUUUUAGGACCAGCAAAAUCAUCCAAAUUUAUAGUUGAUGAAAGUACUCCUGGCAGUGUAUUUGUUUGCUCUGCAGUGAGACUUCUUGAAAACUUGGAUUUAGACAGCGCAGUGGGACAACUUCUUAAUGAGACCAUCCAGGCACAGAACAAAGAAUAUAAAACUGGAACAACCACCCUGUUAUUUCUUGUUAGUGCAUGGAGUAAGGCUGUACUCGAAUGUCUUCAACAGGAUGUUCCACUUUCAGUAAUAGUCACUGUGAUGUCUGAAACUCUAAACUCUUGCAUUGAGCACGUAGAAGGUUUUGCGUUAUCAUUGCACAAUAUAAAGCAAGGAACAAAUGAUACUCCCAUAGAAUGGAAUGAGAAGGUUCUUUUCGACAUCAGUUGCGGCACAUCUGAAGGUCAGGGUAUUGAAAUGAAAACCUCAGAUAUCAAAUUGAAUAGAACUGCUUUAAACCUGGUUGAAUAUCCUUACGAAUGCUCAAAAAAAUCAGAAGAAAGAUUAGCAUGUCCAACCCUCCAGCAAGCAAAUGAAUGCAGUUUGUGGGGAAGCUGUGUGUAUUCAGAAGUAUGUGCUACAGGCAGUACUGUGUGUUCACUAAAUAGUAUUAAUUGUACUUUUGCAGCUGACAAAACGAUGAUUCAGAAAAACUACAGUUUACAAAACUGCCACUUGGGUGUAUCGGACCGUAAGAAGAGAUCAAAAGUUACUCACAGUAGGUACUUUAGUGCUGUAAAUGAAAGUCUUUCACUGAAGCAGACACAUCAGGUGGCCCAAUUUGACGGGCUCAGUGAUUUGGGACAAUUGGCCAUGUCUCUUAGCCAUGGAAACAAUUCUGCCAUGAAACUGGUGCAGGAUAUUCUCAGAUACCAGCUGCAGACUGGAAACAAAAUGGCUGCCACUGCUCCUUUCCAGUUCAAUAUUUUAGAAAUUGUAACAUGUUGUUUACCAGGCAUGUCUGAAAGCCAUUCUUGUAUUUGUCCUGGAUACAUCACUUUAGUACCUCCAGAGACAGCUGCUGUUGUUAAACAUUUUCAGGAUAAGCCCUUUCGUGUUAUUCUUGUGGAUGGAGAUCUGACUGAAAUCUAUCGUCAUCUAGGGCUUAAUAGGCCACAGAAUACAAGAAUCUUUUCAGGGAGUGCAUCUGCUCUAAGGAGCAGCUCAAGCUCGUGGGUUGACUCCGUGUUGGAUAUUCUGAUUCAGUCUGACAUAAAUUUAGUUUUGGUGCAAGGCACUGUAUGUAAAAAUUUAGAAGAAAGGUGUCUGCUGAAUAACAUAGUAAUAAUUUGUCAGGUAGCUCCCAAUGUGUUAAGGGCUUUUAGUAACACUACAAGAGCAGAUAAGGUGACUUACCUCACCCAAAUGAAUGAACAUUGUAUAGGUAAGGGUGUCUGUAUGAAGCUGUGUGGAAUUAUGGAGAUAAAUUGGGUGGAGUUUGGUGACCAAGUGCCAGUUGCCUUAACAGCAGAAGGAAUGACCCUGGUAACUGCAGUGCUUGGUUGCCCUGUUACAUCCAAGAUGCAAGCCACUGAAGAUUGUUUUUGGACCUGUGCUUACCGUGUACAUUAUGCCCUUCAUGAUCAAGCCGUCUUUCCAGGAGGUGGCACUGUUGAGUUCUUGUGUCUCACUUACCUUGCUUACCUUGAGAAAGAAGCCAAAAACGUUUUUGGAGAGCUUCCUUGUGGCUCCUCUUGGCUUGCAAAAUCUUCAGAACAGUACAAACCCUUGGUGCUAAACAGUUUAGCAAGUGGUUGGCAUGAGUAUCUUUGUACGCUCAUGUGCAACACUGCAAACUGUGUGUCAAAGUUUGAAGCGAGUGCCUUCAUACAGCAGCAUCUCAGAAGAGCAGCGGAGAGCACUUCCCCAUCGACCUACAUACUGGAUGCAUUUAAGAAUGGGGCAUUGGGAGCAGUGAGUGUUGGAUCUGUUGGUUCAGGCUCAAAGGCUCUCCAAGUGUAUGACAAUGUUGCAGCUAAGAGAGAAGCAUGGCACAGAGCUCUAGAUUUGGUGUUGUUGAUGCUUCAGACAGAUGCUGAAAUUAUCACAGGUCCAAAGAAGGAUCAGUUGUUGAAGUCUGAGGCCUCCAGUGAGUUCCUGUUUUUAUAAAGACCAUCUGUCAUCUUCUAUCUCUCCUAGUUUGUUCUGCACAAAUCUGCUCUGUGGACUG